ACUGCCAACAGCUUUUUGUGUAAAACCGGGCACUGACCAGCAGGUAAAAGGUCGGAGUGGGUGUAGAAGAAAUAAUUUAAAAAAACUGAUACUCAAUAGCGCCCGGAAUCACGUGAAAAUUUCCGCGCGGAACAAGCGGUGACAUGUCUAAGGGACCAGCAAUUGGUAUUGAUCUUGGGACAACCUACUCCUGUGUAGGUGUCUUCCAGCAUGGAAAGGUUGAAAUCAUUGCCAAUGACCAAGGCAACCGAACCACUCCGAGCUACGUUGCCUUCACUGAUACAGAGAGGCUCAUUGGUGAUGCGGCCAAGAACCAGGUGGCAAUGAAUCCAGCCAACACUGUCUUUGAUGCUAAGCGUCUUAUUGGCCGCAGAUUUGAUGAUUCUGUUGUUCAGUCUGACAUGAAGCACUGGCCAUUCCGUGUUAUCAAUGAUGGUGGCCGUCCAAAGGUUGAAGUUGAGUAUAAAGCUGAGAAGAAGACCUUUUAUCCAGAAGAAGUGUCAUCCAUGGUAUUAACUAAAAUGAAAGAGAUUGCUGAGGCCUAUCUGGGGAAGACUAUAACCAAUGCAGUCAUCACAGUACCAGCUUACUUCAAUGAUUCUCAACGACAAGCUACUAAGGAUGCUGGUACUAUUUCUGGCCUUAAUGUGCUGCGUAUUAUCAACGAACCAACUGCAGCUGCUAUCGCUUAUGGCUUGGAUAAGAAGGUUGGUGCUGAAAGAAAUGUUCUGAUUUUU